AUGACAAUUGCUGACGGUUUAGGUGCUAUGGUCCUUGCCCAUUCCCUCCGCGACAAUGGCACAAAAGCAAAGCUGGUGGCCCUGUUCACACCCGACAGACUACAAUCAGCCACAAUUGAUGAAUUGAGGACGGUCUAUGAUGAGCUCAUUCCAGUGAGCUCCAUGGUGAACGACACGCCGGCCAAUCUCUGGCUGAUGGACCGCCCGGACCUGAUUGCCACAUUCACCAAAAUUGAACUUUGGCGUCUGACACAAUACCAGCGGGUGGUGUACAUUGAUUGCGACGUGGUAGCUCUGCGAGCCCCCGACGAGUUGUUAUCGUUGGAGGCGGACUUUGCUGCCGCGCCCGACGUGGGCUGGCCGGAUUGCUUUAAUAGUGGACUGAUGGUCCUCCGACCUAACCUGCAGGACUAUUAUGCGCUCCGGGCUCUCGCUCAGCGAGGCAUUAGCUUUGAUGGCGCCGACCAGGGAUUGCUGAACAUGCAUUUCCAGGACUGGCAUAGGCUAAGCUUCACGUAUAAUUGCACCCCAAGUGCCAAUUACCAGUACAUCCCUGCGUACAAACACUUUCAGAGUACCAUCAGUCUGAUCCAUUUCAUUGGCUCACAGAAGCCAUGGAAUAUGCCAAGGCAGAUUGUACCGCUGGAGUCCCCGUACAACCAGCUGCUUGGUCGGUGGUGGGCCAUAUAUGACCAGCAUUAUCGUUUGCCCUUCGUAUCGCCGAGCGAGCCACAAGGAUCUCAUGACGUCGCAGCAUUCCACGAAGGCCACUACGAACAACCGGCGACAUCUGAGACAUGGCCACAGCCGUAUCACGUUGUUCCACAAGAGGAUGAAGGGCUUGGAAGCUCUUAUCAUGAGGAUUUGCAUCAGGUUGCGCCUUCAUUCGAGCCCAUCCAUGAAGAAUCACCGCACCAGCACCACGUUGAGCCGUCCCACCACACCCCCAUCACGCACCAUAACCCGGCCCCGGCUCCUACUCUCAGUAUGGUCCCGCAGUAUGUUCGUGGAGAGGAACAUGUGUCGACGUUUGUUCCGCCGUUGCCUCGCACAGCGCCAAUCACCUUUGCGCCCCCACUGAGCCACGAAACAUACCAGACCUCGCAUGCGCACCAUGAGCCGCCCAAUGAGGGCGGCCAUGAACAAGAGCAUCAUCAACAGUCCGAAUGUGGUCACAUUCACCAGCCACAGCCAGUGGCACCGAUUGCCUCGGUUGUCGAGUCCUUCCAACCACCUCGCUCCCCAUCACCCGAGAUAUUCGAAGCACCUCAAUCCGAAUGGAACCCUGCAAGGGAGCCACCACCAGCCAACACAAAACCUGAAGGACUCAGUCUUCAAGAAAAGACCUACUUCAUGUCCGAAGACACCCAACUAUUCCAGCCUCCAUCGUCCUAUCCAGAGGCACCGAAAAACAUGUACUACCAAGUUCCCACCACAAAACCAGAGCCUCAAACGCAUACUACUGUUUUCCCCUGGGAGCAUCAUGCCCCCAAACCAACCCGUGUCUUCGCCGAACAAUCUAUCUGUAACAAGCCCUUCCAGCCACCCGCCCACGAGGAGCACGAAGAGAACCAUAAUCAUCAGGAGCACCAGCAGCAUCAGGAACACCAGAAACACCAGGAAUACCAGGAACAUUUCCACGACCCUCCUUCUGAGCCCGUGAGAGAGCUCUCCUCCGAGCCCCAGAGACUCUUCCGCAACGAUGCACCCACCCCAGGACCCUUGUACACUCGUGUCCCCUACGAACCCAGCGCAACAUACAACACCUACGAUCGCUCAAACGCAUGGGACGAAGAUCCCGAGAUCCAGCGCUUCAUCGAGCGACAACAAGCGCGCCGCAAGCCCGCACCCCCAUCCAGCUCCUCGCAUUCCAGCCCUGGCAAAUCGCCGUCGAAAGUAACAGACUUCCCGACUGAGAUCGAGCGCCCCAGUCUACCUGUUACGCCGGCGCCAAUUCACCGCACCCUGGGUGAAGAUAGUACCUCUCUGCCUUCUGCAGAGGGGGUCCCUGACCAGGAAGACUGGGUGGGUGUCACGGUUGAUGCGUUUUCUUCCCUGCUUAGCGCAACGUACUUAUUGUGGCGGUCUACAGAAUCCGGUGACCAGGCUCGAGGAGCUGAGGCGGUUGCAGGCAGAGGUCUUCCGGGAUCCGGAACUGCUGUUUAA